AUAGGCUGUUUAAGUUGGGCACUAGUACUUAUUAUAAACUGGAUAGACAUUAAAAUAGGGUAUUUGAACACUUCUCCUUUCUUAGAAGUUAGAACCAGAAUACAACAAUCUGUAAGAAAUCAAUUGGUCUCUCAUUCUCCUUCCUUUCUCUGCUCUCAGUCCUUGUCUCCACCGUCCCUCGCUACCGCACCGCCCACCGCCGCAAAAAGGGAUUUGCAAUUAAUUCCAUAUAUGGAAACUGCUAAGUGGGCAAGUUUUUCAGAAGGAACAAGUGAUUCUGAAGGCUAUGGAGAGGAUCUUGAUGAUGAUGAACAUUGCUGUGCAUAUGCAUCCACUGAUAUACCCAAGUUGCAGUUCAGGAAAGAUAUUUCAAGAUCAUGGUGGCUUGACCAGUUAGGAAUGGCUGAGGUCGUGGAGAGGAAGGGUGGAUUGUGGACAACUACUGGGAUAGUUCGUAACGGCAAGAUAUAUUGCUUCAUUGAAGAGAUUUUAUAUCUUGCCGAAAUUGGAGCUCUACAUCUCUUUAGCAAUGAUGACACACCCCUUUCUUUGGAACACAUAUACAACAAGGUUGCAGAAGGAAAAAGUGGAUGUUCCUUGGAAUAUUUUGAAGCAUAUAAGCACUUGAAAUCCCUUGGUUAUAUAGUCUGCCGUCAUGGUAUUCCUUGGUCAGUGAGAAGGUCAAAAGUAAACUGUGUUAUUAGCCAAGACCCGCCAGAGACUGCUCAAAGUGGAGAUGAAGAAUCAAGAAACAAUGUUCUCAUCAGUGAAAUGUUCAGUAAUAUGCAAAUUGGUGGAUUGAGACUCGCUUUUGACGUUUACCCUCCUAAUAGCAGAUUCAGAAAGUCUGCUCCUGGUGAUCCCUGCUUUGUACUUUGUCUUGCUAGCGAGUAUCCACCUUCCAAAGAGGAGAUUGAAGAUCUUGAGGGCCAUUCUCAUGGUAUUCCUUUGAAAUUUUGUCUGGUUGAGCAUGGGCGUGUGAGCUUUUUUUCAUUCAACAAAGUUGAGCUUCCUAUCCUUCCAUGAUCCAUUCGAGUAACGAAUGCAAAUCUUGUGAUGUGCUGAGAAGUGCUAUGGUACAAUUAUAAAUUUAUUAAGUUUGUGAAUUGAUGUUUCACCAUUGUGUAAUUGCAAAACAUUAUUUAGACGACACAUGUUUGACUAAUGAAGGUGGACCUUGUCUCCUUUGCUUAUAGUAAGUCCUAUGAUCUUAUCA